AUGAUCGGCGCCUGCCGUCAUGGCGACAAAUGCUCCAAAAGGCAUACAAGACCUAUAAAUUCCUACACAAUAAUCAUAUACAACAUGUAUGUCCAACCAGAAAAUAUCAAGUCGGAAUAUGAUCUGAUAGAUGACUUUAACUGUUUCUACGAAGAUGUUUUUAUGGAGGCAGCCAAAUAUGGCGAAGUUCAAGAAAUAAUAGUGUGCGAGAAUAAGACUGAUCAUCUAAAUGGUAAUGUAUGCAUAAGAUUUAAAGAUAUAGAUGCAGCAAAGGCUGCUCGAGAUGCUUUUAUUACUAGGUGGUAUGGUGAAAGGCCGUUGUAUUGUGAUUUGUCGCAUGUCACUGAAUUCCGUGAUGCAGUCUGUAAGAGCUAUGAGGAAGGUCAAUGUGAAAGAGGUGAGAAAUGUAACUUUAUCCACAGGAGGAAGGUUGAUUAUAGGCUUACGAAUGAUCUACUUUUGAGCCAGUGGAAGAAGUAUCACAUUAAAGACCCAGAUCAGACAACCGCAGAUACUACUACAAACGCUGGAUCCAAACCACAAGCAAUAGCAGUUAAUAAUCCAAACGAUAACACAUAG